AGCGUUGAAAUUCUACAUUGACCUGUGCGGAAUCGAACGGAAAUCGAAACACUGUGUGCGUCAGUCUGCCCGAGGUCGCUCCACUUCCUUCACCCUGUGUUCGUACGUGGAAGAAAGUGAAGAAAGCAACGAUAAAGAGCGUGGUGUGUGGUACGCGCAACGAUAAUAAAUGCAGUGCAGCAGGAGGGUGGCCACGGUGUAAAGUGCGAAAGGCACACACAGUGCUAGCGAAACCGCGAGUCAUCCCAAGUGCUGUCCAAUGCCCCAUGACGAAACGAAACAACAGACGUAGAAAGUGAUACCGUACCGAACACUCUAGCAAAUCCCAUCAUCGGCCAUCGAUCGUUCGCGUCACGCGGAAGUCAAAGUCAAGUGCAGCACGGAAAUUGCGUCGCAUUACGGGCCCACAAGCGGUGGGCGCGAUUGUUGGCGUAACCCGUUCCACACAUCUAUCUAAAGCAACUCCCAGCAUAAUCUUCCACCCGCCGCCCCACUCCGCUGGGUGGUGUCGAUCGGUUUGGCAUUGGCAAGGAGAAAGUUGCGUCGGUGUGUGGUGCGUGUGUUUGUCGAUCGCGAACUGCGAACCGUAAUGAGCAAGAGCCCAAACUGGGGCCGUCUCCCUGCCCUUGCGAUAACGAACGUGUUCAACUAUCUGGACCAUCAGGAUCGGCUGAACGCGUCGACGGUAUGCUGGCACUGGCGGUCGGUCAUUUUUCAACCCAGGUUUUUCAACCGCAUCCAAUUUGAUGUUGCACGGGAGCACAACAAAAAGAAUGGUUUCUUUUUGCAAAAGCUUGCUCACAUCGUGCGGGAAGUGAAGAUUUCGUUCGAUUCCUGCAACCUCUACGAUGUUGAGCUAACGACGGAAAUUCUGUACAAGCUCAGUAAAAGCGCACGGCUGCUUAGUCUGACGAUCUUGCCGAAGUAUGCCACGCUGGUUACGCCGGGUCGCUUCUACUCCGAGGAAGAAUGGAACUACAUUCUCAAACUUUUUGUUCAACCCUUGAAGGCGCUGCUCAAUCGCAGCAACCCUCCGCUUCGUGUGCUCGAUUUGGGUUGCUCCGAAAUUCUUGCCCUCCACGCAUCCGACUUCCUAACCUGCACUGCCAAACCACAGUACUUGGAAGAGCUUGGAUUGGCCACCGUUAAGCAGGAUCCGGGGCACUAUCCGCUCGGGUUGGUUGAACCGACGUUGUUCGAAAAGUGCAGCUCACUGCGCGUGCUCUCGCUCGACUAUGACAUCCUGUGCGACGAGCUGCUGCACACGCUGCAGUUACUGCCGUUGCGGCAACUGAUCGUGCACGUGCAUGGAAUCGAUGAGGAUCAUCCGGAAGUGUCGGAGGCGGCAUGGGCCAGCUUCCGGAGCAGGAAUCCGCAGGCGGAGCUCCACCUAACGCUGGUUUGCGCGUAUGAAGCGGUUGACAUCCUGCACAGCCACAUCCUGCGCCCCUCGAUGCCACUGUCCCAUCUGAAGGUGCUGUUCUGCGAACGAAUCAAUUGUGAAGCAUUGGAGUAUCUGUCUCGUCACUACAAGGAUACGCUCACCAGCAUGGUGUGGAUCGAUUCAAUGCGUAUCGAAGAGUACCGCAAUGUGAUGGAAAUGGUGCUCCGCACCGAGCAGGAUCCGCUCGUGAUGAUGGCCUGGCGAUGUAAGAAGCUGCAAGAAAUUGUCAUCCACGGUUAUGUGCUGGAUCCACACAAUCUGGUCGGUGUGUCCCGCUUGCGGGGUCGUGAGCUACGCCUGCUCGAGGUAUCCCGCGUGGAUUUGUCCAUCUCUUCCGUCAUGAUGGCACCGUUUAUCGAGGAAAUAAGCACACAACUUGGUAAGAUGUGGUGUCCGCUCGAUGCGAAAACACUUCCGCCUGCACUCGGGUUCUACCCCGUGUCGGAUGAGGUACGUGAUCAGUACAUUUUGAAGUUUAUUCGUAAGGAUAUUAUGCAUUAAUAUGGGAGGGGGCCCUAUACCUAAUACGGGACGACAAGUCCUCCGUCUCAACAAUUCUACUGUUCCCUUGAUUCGCUGCAUCGACCCUGUCGAUCUUCGCAUGUGCUGUGGGUUGGAGCGAUAAAAAAUCACUCAUGCGAUGUUGCAGCAGCAGUAAAAUUUAAACAUUUAAAUGUAGGAAAUCAGCCUAGCUAAAAAGUCCUUGCUCAACAGCAACGCGAAUAAUGGACACAGGGGCUUGUAGCGUUAAAUUCAACUUCCCUCUCGUGCUUCGGAAAACAUUUUUGCUGUAUUUUCUUUGUGAAUCAACAAGGCACCAAAUAACAAACGGAAAUCGGCACAAGAAGCGCAUCAUGAGACGGGCUUUGAUAGAGAGAAUCGAGAUAUCGUGGAGCAGCUACCUGUGAAAAGGGCAAUAAGAAUGAGUGUGUUACUCUUACACAUAUGAAAGGCUUAUCUACCUUAUGCAAACACGAUUCACACGUAUAUUGUUUAGUUUAGUAAGAUCAACCCACAAGAACGUAGAAAGAGGAUCAGAUUAUUUAUAAAAUAUAUAUUUUUACAACAAGAAAGAGCGUAAGAGCAGAGCCAUGUAGAAGAAGCAGUUAAUAUCGAAGGCAUAACAUACGUCGCAAAUGAACGAUCAACUCUAUUCCACUGCAGUUCGGAACAACCUCUUAGCGGGCGUCGGGACACGAACCGUGAGCAUUAAUUAAUCUCGAGAAGCUGCACAUUAUUGGGCUCACCGGCAGCUCGGCGAUGGUUAGCAAAGGAAAAUCGGCCAUUGAGAGGGCAAAAAUAAGUCUCAGAGAAAGAACACAAAAUGCAAUCAAUCUGUGAUGGUAAUUACCACGUUUGUUUUUUUUGUAUUAGACAUAAUUUUCUAUUUUUGACAGCUUGAAUAGUUGGACGUUUUUCGUUGUCACCAUAUUCGUUACAAGAACUGUAUUGUUUGAUCGUUACAAAAUUCAGUACCAUUUUUACAACUCUUUAGAAUUAAUUGGUUGAAAACAAAAUGCAACCGUAGUUUAGCAAAUGCAGAAAUCCCACUCUUCAUCCGCAAAAGGGCUGUGAAGGGGAUGAAGGGCGGCACCACGACGGGACGACUCAGCAAACACCACGAGUCCUUGUGGGGUGCCCAUUUGCCACACCACCACAAAGAAGACUAAUUCAAAGAACUUAUUUAUAUUCCAUCUAUAAUUUGUGCGUAAGGAAAAGAUGGUUAUUUCUUUUGCUAAUGACUACCAUGAGGCAACCCUCUGAGGGAAACCCGCAGGAAACGAAAGCCUUCGAACGUAGCACGAAUCGUUGAACAACACUUCGACAAAAGCGAAGUAUGUCGGGUCGGUACAAAAUAUGAUCGCAGAAAGUGCUUUGAGCAAAACUAACCCUAGUCACCCCAAAAACACUGGUACGACGGGCACAAAAAGCGCUGUCCCAACGCGAGAACAAUGCCUCUGGCAUCAGUAUUCAUCACCAGAAGGGACGAAGAAAGUGUCGUUUUAUGCAACAAAGUCCGAGGCUCGCGUACACCACACAGCUUCGGGCGCUACUCGGCCAGAAAAUCUUGAUCGGCUGAAAUCUAUGUGGGCAGUUUUACUUAAGUCAUAGUGAGAGACAGAAACACUAGCACAAAGAACGAGAAAUAUCACAAACCGUCCCUUCCAAGCUAUAAAGCGAUAAUGAUCAGACAAGUAUAUACAAAAACGGAUAUGACGAAUAAAUCAAACAAGAAACACAAAGAUAGAGAGGCAGUUUGUCGUAGCAACGAAGCAGUACGAGACAACAAAAGCAAAAGAACCAUUGUUCGAUACAAGCAAACCAAUUAGUAACAGUAACACUGUUUAAACGAUGAAUAACAAAACCUGUACUUAUCAAUAAACGAUCAAUAUCUCAGAAGAAAUGCUCACCCAAAACGACAGGAAAUAGAUUUUUUUAAUUAUAAGAAGGGAACAAAAUACUGUCAGUUAUAACAAAGCGUGCCUAUUGAAGAAAAACAUAAAACAAUGAAAACAACAAGUGCAUAAUUCCAAUUUCAGUAAAAAAAAGUAUAUGGAUCAACAAACCAGGGAUAGAUCAAGACAACUCUAUUGAACCAAAUUGAAAUGGGGGGGUUAUUUUGUGUGGACAAGAAAACUUAAACCACGACAACCGGUAAGGGUGAUCGAUUAGAAGCCGGCAAGGGCAGUCAACGAGUACGGUUGAAAAAAGUGCUAACGUGCAAACAAAAGUCAACUAUUGUAGAAACAUCACUAUUUGUGCGGGGGCAAAGAUAAAGAGGUCGCAUUAUACAACAAAACGAUGUAUUCAAUCUGGCAUAGUGUGUAGCGCAAGAACGAAGAGCAUUCAAACAACAAACAAAGCAACAAACAAUUCCUUAAUAUAAAAAAAAGAAACUUACAUCUGUGAUACUAUCGAAAAAGUGUAUGAUGAAUUCAACCUACAGCCAGAACAAACGUGUUGCACGAACGAUAUUUUAUCCAACGCAAAGCAUAAAACUGAUGCGAACGAGAGAAGUACGAGAUGUGAAACAACACAGAAAACUCGAACGAUAUAAAAGCAAACAUGAGACUUAACGCUAAUCAGAAGUACCAUAAUCAACUUCGAAAGAACUGAGCCAAAAAUAAGAAAUAUUUAUAAAACGAACCGAUCCCGACGAUAUCAAGCAGCAGGAGCAGUAAUGAACGGGAGGACAAUCACGGAGAACACGACAUUGUCCUGAACGCGAUUAUCACGUCGCCCACCGCGUUCCGCCGUUAGAGAGAAUGUUCGACAAAGAAACACGAAAACCAAACGACCUCAACUCAGCCGUGUUAACAGCCCGCCCGGAGGUGUAGGAAUCGGUAUUGAAUUAGGUAGGAGGUUAAUCGAACCCGAGAUCGCACCACAGCAAAAGGACGGAACGCUGGCCAGAAGAAUGCCACGAACCAAUCGGAUUAUGCCAGGAUGAUAGGCCAGACCAUCUGGAUCAUCUGUUUUUGUUACAAACGGAUCCAAGGACAGCCCGCUAUAGUUGUGCGUGUGUGUUUUUUUUGGCUUGUUAAGAUAAGGAGUAGAAAGAUGGUGCUUAACCUUUUCGCCAGUCAGACACAUAUACAUGUUUUCAUUUUGCUUUAUUCCGUGUUACGACUUUCCAUUCAGUUGAAAUGUGGAACCUAAUGAAAAUGGCUGACCUAUAGUAGUUGUUUUAGUUUUGAAAGCAAUUGAUCAACAAUCUAUUGCUAAUUCAAAGAAUUAUAGACAAAAAAACACAUAAAUCAGAUGGAGAAGACGUUAAACUAAACAAUUAUAUAUAUACAUAUAUAUAAAUGUGUGUGUGUGUGAGUUUUUCUACAAAGUAUAAAUUGGUAGAUGUUUCAACACUAUUUCAAUAUGCAAGUACAGUAUAGAAGUAUGAUUCAAUAGCAAAAGUAUUGAAAUAACAACACAUUGAAUACCUUUCCAGUAGAACUCUAAUGGAAACCAUCUAAAGGCGCAUACUGCAAGAAACGAUUAAAAUUUGGUGAAAUAUUAUCCCUUUUUUGCAAUCGCCAUGCUAACAGCAGAAGGCGUUAGUCUGGAGCGCCCAGAUGAUGUGCUUAAAAACAUGAAAAGAUUUGAAUUUGUUCACUCAAACGUGUAAAACGUAAGUGCCUGUUUUGCAAAAGCAUCUUUCGCACCAACAAACAACUGAUGCGCACACGUUUUGCAGUGAAAUGGGCGAAAAAUGCACAGUAACAUUUAGGUUUUCGGUUUCGUUUUCCCUACACAAAACCGGGUUUAUUAAUCCACGUAUCUCCCACAAUUGUCGUCGGGUGAAGAGUGGCAAAAACAAUAAAAACACUCUAACGGGGAUAAGAAAUGUGCAAACCACAAAAAAGAAAACAUGCAGCACAUAAAAUCAAAGACAUUCAAACACCAACAAAACCGUGUUGUUCGCCAAAUACAAAUGUACCAAACAGUGUACAUGGAGCAGUGAGAUUAAGAAUUAAAAUCAUAAGAAGUUCGCCGCAUGCAAUGGAUAAGAAGAACGGCUGACGAAAUGAGACCAUUCGACGAGACGAACAAAGAGUAUUCCAUUCAAACAGCAACAAUGAAUAUGGGUAGUAAGGGAUUCGAUAGCGUCGUAUAAGUGUUUGAAGGUAAAAUUCACUGAUUUAAAAAUACCCCAUUCCCUGGUUUAGUGCUAGCGCGUUCCCAUUUGAAUAGGUUUUUUACACGUAAGCUACUUACGGAUUGCGUGCUGUGAAGUGCAGAACAAUUGAAUAGAAAAAGUGGCUAUUGGUUCAAGUGCAGUAAACUGCAUGGAAACAUCGUCCCAAGGCAAACAAAAAUAUGACAGCCAAGCUAAACAAACCGAACCAACAACGAACUAGCCGUCAUAUGACGUUACAAAAGACCAUAAACGAAGAACAAAACCUAGCCCUCCGUUAUUCAAAUAAGGUCCAGGGUUGACAAUAACAUUCGCAGCGGAAAAGUAAUCUUUUAUUUGGAGCAAACACUGAUCUUCUCAGCAAACCAAAAACAUUCCAAUAAUGCAAAGAUGCAAGCAACAAAACAACUUACAAAUCGUUUCUAGCAAACAACUUAAAGAGUCAUCGACGAACGAACGAGAUGGCGAAACAAUGUUGUAAAGUACACCGAGAAAAACACCGAAGAGUUGAAGAACAGUGUUCAACUGAAUGAAUAUAGAGCGAUUUAACGAAACAGCCUGCGGUUGAAUACAGUGUGUGAGGCAUUUGAUUUGUUUUUAAACCAAACAACAACAACAACAGUACGACAGUAAACUAAACUAUAAAAUAGCACAAAUCAUGCAUAUUUUGAGGAAAGAAGAAAGCGCCCAUGGACAAAGGGAAGACGGUUGUGAUAAUGUCUCGGACGAAAAGCGAACAAAGCGCUGACGAACAAGUUGCUAGAAAUAUCAGUAAUUUAUGGUAAACAUCAUUACGAAGGUAACGCACUAUUUAUCAGGAAUGCAAGAAACGCAAUUCUUGAAGGGUAACGAUUGAAAUCCAUAACAUCUGUGAUAAACCAAGGAGCGCGAUGAGCGAAGUAAUUCAAACAUGACGAACAUAACAAACGAACGAAUUGUAGAACUUAAUGUACGAAAGAAUGCCGGAAUGCGGUUGAAAUUAAGAUGAAACUGCAAACAGACAAAGAAAAGCGAGUUGUAGUAAAAGGAGCGAAGCCAUCGAACAUUGCUGUACAUGUUUUGUAGAAUUUUCUCAUGUAUUUUUUUUUCAAAAGAAACGUUCUUUUGAAGAAAACCUGGCGAUAGAGACACGCAAGAGUAGGUGACUGGCUACGCAUUUGCUGUACAAAAGAAGUUUUCGCGGAUCGACGCAACAUUAUUAUUAUCAUCCCUUCAAGUGGUCGGAUGAUCUGUUUCAGCUAUCAAGUAACUAGAAGCAGCCCAAAAAAUGGCAGUGGUAGGCGCUCGAAGCGAAAGUGGGAAACAAGAACAAACAGCUGCUCGAAAAUAUCCAAUUCCAGCAAAGGUUCAAAAAGGAACAGAACAAACUGUAGCAACAACACGAAAAUUGUCGCAAACAAAUGGCGAUCUUAAGCGGAUGAGGUAAUAAAUAUUGAAGACCCAUCCGGCAAAGAAAUUCAUACUCGAAUCCAAGAAACGCCUAUCAAUAACAAUAAAUUCUAACGAAUUUAGAAUGUUAUUGUUAAAACUUCAGAACGCAACAAAUAGCACUAUGUAGUGUGCUAUGGAAAAUGUAAGAGCAAAAUAAAGUUGCAAAAGUACACACCAGCUUGUCGAUUUGAGUAACAGCCAAGUAGGCGGCCAAAUCGAUCAUUGCAGUUCCCAAACGAAAUAAUUCUCGUCAAGCAGAUCUGUAAGAUCUGUUGAACUUCUAUCUCACACACAAAAAAAACGAACAACUCACGAAGCUGUGUUUAGCUCCAUUGUAGUGUAACACCUUCUCAGUAUGACGAACGAAGGUUUAUAAUUGAAAAAUAAUUGUGUCAGAAACCAGCAACGACGCAACAAGGCUCACUGGGAACAGCUCAACACCAAACGAAACCUAACGGAGGUUCAAAAACGAUCCCAAUUGACGAUCGUGAACAUGGAUUGAGUUUUUUUUUUCGAUGUCCAAUAGAAACACUCCCUGAGCAACUGUACUCCUCUAAAAAGAUAGUUUGAGUUUUCGUUUCAAAUAUGGCGUACGAGCGUUCAUGGCCAUUAUAUUGAAUACAGCGUCAAAUACUAUACCACAAUUCUAUCGCGCAUAAAGUUUCGGCCAUUGACUUCGAUGAAUAAAUUGAGCUCC